AUGCAAAAGAAUGUUCCGUCGACAGGGGCACCAGACAAUGGACCCCGCUCGGCGUGGAUGAAGUCAGCAUCAACCUUAAAACCAGUAAAUGAUAACUCAAAUGCGGGUGAAAAACCAAAGCGCAAACUAUCCGUACAGUGGAGCUUGAAACAACCCUUAAAUGAUGACACGGGACAUACUUCACCUAUGAAAAACACUCAAUCGCAAAGAACACCAAGAAGUGUAAACAAGGUAAAUGGUUCAGCAGCAUUUCGACAAAAUGUGUUGGAGUUUCUUCGGGAUAUGUAUGGUACAAACCCGUUGGAAGAUCAGCCUGUAAAUAAAAAAUCUAUAAAUACCAUUUCACCCGGGGAGAAAAAACAAAGUAAUAAUAAUAAUAAUAAUAAUAAUAAUAAUAAUAAUAAUAAUAAUAAUAAUAAUAAUAAUGAAACCAAUACUUUGGCAAAAACACGUCAACCUAUUCCUCCUUUGGCGCCAAAAAAUAUUGUUAAUACAGGUCCAGAAAAUUCCGGUAAUUUGUCUUUGCGAAAAGCUGUAACACACAGUUGCUUACCUAUUGGUCGGCCACCACUUUUAACAUCACGUCAGCCUUUGAAUAAAACCGUCUGUGUAGAUCACCUUGACACCUUGCUAGAUCACAUUGUUGAAGGAUUUAAACGACGAAGUGCAGAAGGUAAAAUACCUGCGCAAAAACCUAAAAAUCAAAAUGAAAAACGUGAUGUUUUAUCACAGUAUGUAAGCCUAGCGUUAGAUAGUUUUUUGGUCAAAGAAGCCUCCUUCUCUGCUGCUGAUGGUACUUCUUCAGCAUCUUUUCUUUCAGCUGGUGGUGAUGGUAUCUUUUCAAAACUUGUUUCAUUCCAAGCGUUAAGUCAGAUUGCAUUUCAGAACGAUGGCGUUAAUGAUGAUGAAAGUGAAACUUUAAUUAAACCGGUUUUUGAAGGAAAAAUGGCCACCUUCGAUCCUGUGGCCUCUCGUGCUGCUGGAGUAAGUAUCAGUAAAUCACUUCCAUUGGGAGGAAAGAUUCCAUCUACACUUCCGGAAAUAGCAUCACCAGUGUCAUUGGAUGAACCGGUUGUUCGUCGUACAACUAAAUCUAAAGCGAAUAUUUCAUGUGGGGCAGUAAAGCCAAUGACAGGACCACGUUCAAGUUUUUCACGUAACAUGUCUCUAGACUCUGCUGGGUUGAAUGAGGUUUCACAAGACAGCUGGGGUGAAUGUAGUAAAUUAGGGAAGGAAGAGAAGGUUGUGCAAAAAGGCAUGAAUAUAUCACUUAGCAAAGGGAAUGGAAAGCAGGAACAAUUAAAACCACUUGUAUCAUCUUCUAAACCGUUAGUGUCAUCAACACGUUCGCUAUUACAUUACACGAAAUCUGGUAAAACAAAUGAUUCCCCAGAUGUUUUGGUCGAAAUGUUAAUGCAGCUCGUACACGAUGAAGAAUUAAAGCGAAGUGUACUUGUAGCUGUAGAGAAUCGUUUUCGAACAUAUUUAUCUUCACUUGAGAAGGAGGAGGCUUCUGAUAAGAAGAACCCAUCAACUAGAGCAAAGGAUAUAAAGAAAAAAGAUGCUACCAAACCUACACCAAUGGUGCAAAAUCUCCUUGACUUUUUUAGCAAGUAG